AUGGGGCGGCAGGGCAAACAAUUCCAGGGUAGCUAUGCUGGGGACUUGGAGUCUGGCCGCCUGAUUCCCACGAAUUCCAAGUUCGUGUAUCAGAUUGAGCGCGAGCUGGAGAAGGAGAGGAACUGCCUAUACAACCGUGCCUGCUCCAUCAUCGAGGACGCAGCAUUCGUUGGGACUGUGCGGGAGCUAUACCCUGGGCUACCCGUGAUUUGCAACUUGAGGUGUGGUGCGUGGUACGUGCCACCCCCACGAGGCUGCUGUUAUUUUAAAUCUACUGAUGGGCACCAUGGGAACUGGUCAUUCUCGCUGACCCGCCUGAACCUCAAUGUGGCAGAGUGGGCUGCCAAGGCUGGCGGGUGUAUUAUAGUGGAUGCAACACGAAAGGGCAAGAAGUUCCCGGAUGCCUUCACAAAGACAGUGCCCAUCUGGGCAGCCGUCAUCAACAACGCAAUCGCGACAUUACGUGCCCAGGCAGGUAACGAUGCACCCCUGAUGGACACUUGGGACACAGAGCUUCACUUACCUCUGAGUGUUGGUCAAAACGAGCGUGCCCAGAUAGAGCAGCGCCUGGAAGGCUGGAUGCACAGCCUCCACGACCUCGAUAUCGAUCUUCUGUCGGCCUGCAAACACCUGCACAAGCCCCUGCGGCCCCUUUGGAUUUGUCCAUCUUCAAGGUUGUGGGAGGGGCCUGCUGUGGAUCCCUCUCAGCUGAACUUCACACCAGUUGUUCUUGUAUCGGUUUCCAGUCAGGAUGCUGGGUUGCGAAGGACGAUGGCUGUGGAGGACAGUGUUGGAUGGCCAUAUGUCUAUGUGCCAGGUGCUGGUGAUGAUGAGGAGAGUUGGGCUGCUGGUCUAACGCCCGAGCUACUGUGGAAACACAAGCAGGAUAUUGUGUCAUCUGGCCCUGCUGCAGUACAUGCGUUCGUUGCUUCCAUUGCAGAUUCCACACGUGUGACUUCUGAGAAUGGGAGUGGGGUGGCCACAUCCACAGAAACAUGCUGCACAAGGCACUCUGGUAGUGAUGCUGGAGAAGAAAUGGGCGCUACCAUGGUGACACACCAGCUUUCCCAAUCGUUGGAUGGCUUUGCGGUUUGCUGCAUUGAUGGCACCAUUGCCUCUCGUUGCAAGAAUGGCGCACCUGCAUCACAGAGCAAUGCACCCUCCAGAGAAUUGUCUGCUAUGCUGAAGGAGCCACCCGAAACACAGACUGAUGCCCACCACUUGAGGCCUUCUGGCUGUGGCACACCUCCAUCAGACAUUGACAGAGCUGCUGCAUCUGGAGUUGUGCACAUGAUUGGGGACUUGGGGAUCGGCCUGGGUGAUUAUGCGGCAGGUUCAUCUCCAUAUGUGUGGCAACACGUGGAUGCAGUGCUGAACUGUGGGACUCAACGACACGAGGGGAUGCUGGGCGCCCCGCAUUCAAGCAGGCAGGGAGCAGGGUAUGCACCACGAAAUACAGGUCCCAAAGGCAAGGAUGAAAUCACAAUGCCGUGUGCCAACACAGUGCCCAAAGAUGAAGAAGGCUCUUCAAGUGACCUGCAGCAUUCUCAAGACUUGCAUCCUGGGCUGCAUUGCAAUGUGGGGACUGGGCGAUACUUGUGGCUGCCGGUGAUGAGCUCAAAGCAUGACAGAAUGGCUCUGAAAAGGGCACUUCCACAAGCGCUGCAGUUUGUGUCUGGGCAUCUGGCUGAGGGACAUUCUGUGUUGAUCCAUUGCCAUGAUGGGCUUGACCAGUCCGUUUGCAUAGCAGUGGCUGUGCUGCUUGCAUGCUUCACCCGCAGCACUCAAGGCACAGUGCCACAGUUCUGUCGCCCAUUCCAGAGAAGCGGGCCAGGCGGCGAUGCUGUCAGGUCUGUUGAGCCAGUCACCAAGGCUGGAGUUCGACAGAGGUUGGCCUACAUCAGUGCUCACUAUCCACAGGCCCGACCGACAAGGGGGAUGCUGAAACAGGUGUACAACUUCUUCCAGCCCGAGUUUCAGGUUGCCCGGAGACUCUGA